AUGGAUGACGCAACACGAGCGGAAUCGUUAAUCCGCGAAGUGCUUCCACUUCUUGCUAAAGCGGUCAUUCCUCUUCGGUUUGCCCCCUUCAACAUUAACUGUCACCAAGCGAACGACGCCACCGAACAACCAACGCUGACGCGCCGGGCAGGAAGCGUUCAGCCAAACCGUUCCGGUGCCAAUCAAACGAACGUGACUGUCACGAAAUUCAGACCCCGGAAUUUUGAACCCCGGGUGGUCCGGGAAAUCCCAAUACGUCGGCUGAAUUCGACUGAAAGUGCGUCGGCAUCGACGACUUGGAUUGGUCCUGCGUCAGCGACAUCUGCCGAGGAAGCUCGCCGAAGCGCUCGGGUCGAAAACCGCAAAAGCUACCCGAAGUACUCGAAGCCGCCACAACCGCAACGGGCCACAACGUACUUCGUUCCUCCUCAGCAAACCAGUGAUCCUUUGUUCGCAGCGUUUGCAUCAGCUUCUCCGCACUCGCGGCCCAACUCCUUCAGUCACACGUCGUCAGCAAAGGUGAUUUUCCACCCUAUCUUCCAAACCGGUGUCCCACACUCCGACACUUUCUCGUCGAGUCACGCACCACGUCCCGAUGACGACGAUGGCCUUCCACCAGUCAUCAUUACUGAAAUCACAGAGGAAGAAGCCGAAGAGAUAGCGCGUAAACAACGGCGAGAACGCCGGAAACCUGAAGAGGGAAAAAAGGGGGAAUCAGCGAAUGAGGAGUACACGACGAAGAGCACUCCGGUUCGGGUCAGGUGCGAGUUGUGCCUCGCAUCGCUACGGAUCGGCAGCGGCAACGAUAUGGCUCUUUCCUGCAAUCAUUUGUUUCACUCCCAGUGCAUACUGGAGUGGCUGAGUCGGAAAUCCACGUGUCCCGUGUGCCAAGAGUUGAUCAUCAAAGACUGAACUUGACUCGUGGGAUUCUCGAGGUCAGGAAAUAUGAGUCAGUGUGCGCUUUGAUUUUUGCCUGCGUGACGUGAACGAAUGUAAUGCGUGUACAUAUUAUUCUCGGCGCGGACCUGCCACAAGUUGCUGAUGGAAAGAUGUUUUAGCGUUUUUGAAUAAUCUGAAGAUCGACGAGUUUUGCUGCGUCAGCCGCAUGACUUUCUGCCUCCAGAUGAAUUAAAACUGCGUUCUGAGUUUUCUUGAA